AAUGAUAAGCUCAGUUAGAUCGAGAGAGAAUAGAAAGCAUUCUCAAGUUAGCAAAUCAUUAAAUUUCAGUCUUCCAAAAAGAGCUUCAUCAUAAAUAAAGUAACUCUUAAUUUUUAAAACACAGAAUCCAUCAUUUACCUAGUAUAUCAAAUAAUUCAACAUGUUGUAGUAAUUCAAGUACAUCAAGUCCUCCAUAAAGUUGUUCUAAAUUAGAAGAUGAUUGUGUUGAUAGUAAAUUAAUAGUUUGAUUAAUAGUUUCUCCUGUUUCUAAAAAUACAUUUGAUGAUCCCUUGAAUUAUUUUAAUUAUGAUGACUUCAAUACAAUACUUCCAAUUACUAUUAAUGGAGUAAAAAUCUUAAAAAUUGAUUGGAGUUACUUUUCAGCUCCUCCAAAUAAUUUAUCACGUUGGAAAGCACAUUGUUUUUGGACAGUUGGAUACACUUUUGAUAUUAAUAUGAAGAAAAUGAAGAAAUCUUCAAAUAUAAAAUAUAGACUUGUUAUUUAAAGUUGGUGUUGUUUAAAUAAUAAAUCUUGGGUGAAGAAUAAAUGGGAUAGAUUAUUAGAACAUGAAACUGGACAUUAUUUAAUUGGAUGUCUUUGUGCAUUAGAAUUCAAAUAUAAGUAUAAUAAAUAUAUAAUAAUAGAGCUGAUAAAUUUAAGUAUACUAAAAAUUAUAGGAUGGAAUGUACUAAAUUAUUUUAAGACACAUUUUAAUUUUAUCUUUAGAUGGAAAGAUAAUAUGAUGAAGAAACAAAUCAUAGUUAAAAUGUAUCAAAAUAAAAAGAAUGGAAUGAAUUCAUCAAAUCAGAACUAUUAAAAUAUUGA